AUGUCCGUCGGACAUCCCCAGGAUAUCCCAAAGGUCUACCUAUGGACUUCCUCUGAACAUCCUUAUAGGAUCAUCCCAUUCUGGGACAUAAGGCUGGUCCAAGAACGUCCUGAGGACGUUUGCGUUUGCUGGGAUUAUACGGAAAUAACCCAUACAGCAGAAGAUGUCCAGUGGACGUCAAAUGGACUUACAUUGGACGUUUGGAUGUACAAUGGCCGUCCGCUGGACGUCCAAUGGAUAUUUGUGCUGUUUCCCAUCUUAUGUACAGAAGAAGCUGCAGUGCAUUAUUAUUUAUAUACAAGAAAUAAUUUAGAAAAUCCCACACAACUUUUUUUAAACAAUGAUAAUGUGUUAAGUGGUUCAUACAUUAAUUUUACAAAUCCAACAAAAAUGUACGUUCCCGGAUUUAUGGGUACAUACGAAAAUCCUGACUCACAAGAAGUAAAAAACGCCUAUUUAUAUACUCAGGAUUGCAACAUGAUAUUGGUAGAUACGUCCCAAUUGUUAACAUUUCUAAACCGUAAUACAGGACUGUCUUUUGACGCACAUCCUAUAGGCAUAUUAUUAGCAGAGUUCAUAGACUAUUUGAUAACCAAAGGUUUGAAAUUGACUGAUUUGGAACUCAUCGGUAUCAGUUUAGGAGGACAAGCCAUUGGUAUAGCUGGGGCUGCUAUUAAAACUGCUUAUGACCCUUCCGGUUAUGAAUAUAAUUCAUAUCCGCCAGAAAAGAGGCUUGACGAAACAGAUGCACAAUUAGUCAUAGUAAUUCAUACGAAUCCUCAAAUGUCGGGUUACGACAAGUCCUGUGGUCAUGUUGAUUUCUGGAUAAACAAUAAUCUAGCUGUUCAACCGGGAUGUACCGUCCCAGAAGUUAUAGCUAGGGGAGCUACUGCUAUAAUAACAUAUGUUUCUUGUAGUCAUGCGUACAGUUAUCAUGUAGCUGUAUAUGCUAUUUAUCAUCCAAAUGCGUUUCCCGCCUUAAAUUGUACGAGUUACGAUGAAUAUGCAAACGGGCUGUGCAACAAUAACGAUCUUCAAUAUGUUGGUGAUCAAGUAACUCAAUCGUAAGUUUUUUUAAAUUUUAAGGCAGCUAUAAGAGUGUCCGUAAAUUGACAACCCCAAAGGUGAAUUCUUCUUAAAAUCACAAUACGAAUUAUCCUUAAUCAAGUUUUCGAAUUUGCAAAAUUGCAGGGGUAAUGUUAUUUUU